CUUCUUCCUCCUGGGACUGACUGAUUCCCUCGAGACCCGAGCAAGCGCCUGCCCCCGCCGCCUCCCUUCCCUUCUCAGCUCGCUCGCUCACUGGUGCUCGUCCGGAUCGAUCGACCGGCAGAGAUGGGCAGGCAGCCGUGCUGCGAGAAGGUGGGUCUCAAGAAGGGCCCGUGGACGGCGGAGGAGGACCAGAAGCUCGUCGCCUUCCUCCUCUCCCACGGCCAUUGCUGCUGGAGGCUCGUCCCCAAGCUCGCAGGGCUGCUGAGGUGCGGCAAGAGCUGCCGCCUCAGGUGGACCAACUACCUGCGCCCCGACCUCAAGCGGGGCCUCCUCUCCGACGACGAGGAGAAGCUCGUCAUCGACCUCCACUCGCAGCUCGGCAACAGAUGGUCCAAGAUCGCGGCGCGGCUGCCGGGCAGGACGGACAACGAGAUCAAGAACCACUGGAACACCCACAUCAGGAAGAAGCUCAAGAAGAUGGGCCUCGACCCCGUCACCCACCAGCCGGUCGCCGCCUCCCGCGCCGCCCACCCUGAGGACCCGCAGCAGGACCCCCACUGCGACGGCAAAGCCUCGUCCCAGGAAUCGGCCGGCUCCGGCACCGGCGCUGGCGCCGAGGAGGAGGCGCCGACGAGCGCCGAGCCGAAGCAGGGCGCCGCCUGCUCUGCCUCCACCGCGUCGGACGUGUCGCCGUCCCCCUGCUCCUCCUCGUCCGCCUCAGCCUCGGCCUCGGCCUCCGUCGCCACGCCCGGCGGCGCCGACGUGGACUGGCCGGACCCGCUCGACCUCUUCCAGGUCGACGCCAUCAUCGACAUGGACUGGGCCAGCAUCUUGUCCGGUAGCGGCGGCGGCGGCAACAUUGGCGUCGAUCUCUUCGACCAGUGCUCCGACGUUGGCUUCGAUCAAGAGGUGUGGAUGUGAUCCUGACGAUAGUGCUCGAGGGUUAGAGUUAGAUUGUGCCAGGAACACCUCACUUCUUUCCUUCUUCUAGUUGUUCUCCUCUCAGUCACUCGCUCUCCAUCUGCUCUGUUUUCUUUGGUAUCUUGGGAGAGCAUUUGUCCAUGUUCAUGUCCAUGCAUGCAUGCAUACUUGUUGAUAACGAAUGAGAAAAAUGGCGAGUGUGGUUUGUGAAAA